UAAAAUUAGAACAGUGCCAAUAUAAUGUCCAGACACUACUCUGGUAAUCAGUAUAAUGUCGCAUACGACCCAAAGAAGUUGGGUAAUUGGGAAGUAGCCAAAUUUUAUUGCGACAAACCCUUUACUAGAACUGGGUACAGUAAUUUUAUAGCCAAUGAAAAGGGGUACAUUAUACCCGGAUAUCCAAGAGCCCCAAAGUCAGUCCCCACCCCAUGUGUUUCGUGGGAUUUGCCCAAGAAAAUUACAAGGGAGGUGGCAAACCAGCUGAACGGACUGGCCUACUUGAAGGAUAAACAGCGAACCUGUCGCCAACCAAAAAGGCCAUCUUUCUUGUUUGCGAAAGACGAACUGAACGAUGAGGAAUCUGUGAGCAGUAGAAGGGUGGACGAAAGUCCCGAACUUUCCGAAGAUGACGCUGCCAAGGACUUUGACGAAGAAGAAGACGAGGACUACUCGAUCUGCCCGAUACAUCACGUCAAGGUUUGGAAGAACAGGCAAAUUCAAAGGAAACCCAGCACCAACGAUGGAAGAUUUUGCAUUUGCGAGUGAAAUUAAGGAAUAAAAGGGCGAAUGCACCAAAUUUACUGAAAAGCUUUUUAUUUAAUUGUUUGUAUAAACUAUACUUUCGGAGAUUAAAAC